UUCAAGCGGCUGUCAUCAGUGAACUUGUCAGACUGGAAAUCUAAAUACAAUCUCUGACCUACUAGCACAAUGGCACAUACAAAGACUGCAGAUGACAUGCAACAUACCCUUUCUCUCAGCUCCAAAAAACAACUACAGGAACAAUUACACUCUGAACAGCAAGAAGUUGAUGCCAUUAUACAGCCGCUGCUGGAGACUGAGGCUGGAUUCAUAAAGAAUCUGGAUCACUACCUUACUCACAGAGGCACACUGGACCUGAGGAAACGCAAACUGCUCCAUAAGCGCUGGACACAGAGUGUGUGGCUGCCGGUACAGCAGAGCAUUGAGCAACAUUUUACACACCAUGGCUAUACUGAGACACAGAAGAUGAGGAGCAUGCAUGCACACUACAUUAACUACUGUAAUGUGAAGGGAUUUGUGUUUCUAGAGAGUUAUGAUCCUCUGGAGUACAACCCCUUCCUGCACCGCUUCAACACACCACAUUAUCGCAAAAUUUCCACCCCAACACUGGAGGAUCCCCUGUCUCUUCAGUCACGAGCCAGGAUUAAAGAAAAGACAGCAAUACUUCAUUGCCAAACAGGUCAUGUAUAUCACCGUCAACAAGUGGAGGAACUUCUCCAGAGACCUCCUGUUUCCCAACAGAGCCGUAAACAGUCACGGGCCAAAGUCUCCAGAGAUACUGCCUCAGAGAGACUUUGGGAGAACCGCAGUCGGUUUAAAUCAAGGAGUACAUGCACUCCACAUUCAGCUUUGGCAGAGAGAGGGUGCAUCCUUCCUCAGUGCUGGUCCUGUUGUUGAUGACAGCAUUCAAUAAGGCCAGGAGUUUUUAUAUACACAUGGGGCUUCUGUUACUGAGAAUGGUGCUUGUUAUACCAAUACAGUGCAAUAAAUA